CCAUGUCCCGCCGCGUCGCGCGCUUGCAUUGCCGCCCACUGACACCGCGCCCGCGCCCGCGCCACCUCCUCCCCCCCGGCACGGCACCCCACUUGGCCACUCCACAUCGCACAUGCCCAUAUUUAAGGCCGCCGAACUGGUGCCGUGGUGCGCUCCACUCCUCCACAUCACUCCACAGUCCACACCGCCCACCGGCUUCACACGGACUUCGUCGUCGAGCUCGAGCAAGCGAAGCGAGCAUCCGGAUCCGCCAAUCCACCCGGCAAUGGCGUCUCCUGCUCCUCCCGUCAAGAAGGUGCUGGUGCCGAUCACCGCCGGCACCGAGCCCGUGGAGGCGUCGGUCCCCAUCGACGUCCUCCGCCGCGCGGGCGCCGACGUCACCGUCGCGGCCGCGGGCGGCGCCGACGGCCUGCUCGUCGAGGUCAUGUACGGCGUCAAGAUCGUCGCGGACGCCAACGUCGCCGACUGCGCAGACGCCUCCUAUGACCUCGUUGCCCUCCCCGGAGGGGUCCCCGGCGCGGCCAACCUCCGCGGCUGCGGCGCGCUGGAGAGCAUCGUGAGGAGGCAAGUGCUCAAGGGCGGGCUCUACGCCGCCAUCUGCGCCGCGCCGCCGCUGGCCUUGGGGCGCUGGGGCCUGCUCGACGGCGUCAAGGCGACUGCUCAUCCGGCGUUCGUGGAGAACUUCCCGGCCGAGGUGACCGCCGUGGACGCCAACGUGGUGGUCGACGGCAAGGUCGUGACGGGAAGUGGGCCAGCGACGGCGAUGGAGUUCGCCCUCGCCCUCGUGGAACAGCUCUACGGGAAGGACAAGGUCGACCAGAUUGCCAAACCAAUGCUCGUCAGAUACGAACAUGGGUAUACCUUCAAGGAGCUCAACCCGAUCCAAUGGCAAUGCAGCGGCACGCCCAAGGUUCUGAUCCCGCUUGCCAACGGGAACGAGGACAUGGAGGUGAUAACGAUCAUCGACGCGCUGCGCAGGGCCAACGCGGACGUCGUGGUGGCGUCGGCCGAGGACGGCGUCGAGGUCGUCGGGCGCUACGGCAUGAGGAUCGUCGCCGACGUGCUGCUCGGCGCCGCCGCCGACCAGCAGUUCGACCUCAUCGUCGUGCCGGGUGGAAUGCCCGGCGCGAAGACGCUCGCCGGGAAGGAGAAGCUCGUCGCGCUUCUGAAGAAGCAGGCGGCGGCGAACAUGCCGUACGGCUCCAUCUGCGACGCGACGGCUCAGGUGCUCGAGCCGCACGGCCUCCUCAAGGGCAAGAAGGCGACGGCGGCGGACGGCAGCGAGUGCGAGGAUAGGGUGGUGGUGGACGGGAACGUGAUCACGAGCAGGAGCCCCGGGACGGCCAUGGAGUUCGCGGUGGCCAUCGUGGAGAAGCUGAUGGGGCGCGAGGCGGCGCGGGAGGUGGCCGAAGGCUUGCUCUUCGUCUGACGGAACGCGGAGUGCGCCGCCGUGUCGCGUGAUCGUGCUGGCUCUCGAUCGAGGGAGAUUGCGUUGUGCAGCGAGUGACGGCGAUGUCUGAUCUGUGCGUCAGCCGGGCACGCUGGAGAGUAAUAAAGUUGCCUGCUUUGCGUCCUUGUACCAGGACAUCACGACCGGAUGCGUGCCUGUGAAUGAACUACGUCGAUUCAUCAUAAAACGAAUUUUGCCAUGGACA